AUAUGUUUUCCAUUUCCAAACAGCAGAGAGGAAAGCAAGAACGAAAGAAAGAAAGAAAGAAAGAAAGAAACCGCAGAAGUCUCUCCUCUCCCCUCCUCCCGACAUUAAUCUCGGAGUCCCCAAAUGGAUGGCGACCGAUUAAUCUAACACACCACCCACCCCAUCGAUCCGCCAUUCCUAAAUUUGUCAUCCUCAAAUACCAAAGCCCUUCUUCUCCGAUUAGAUUUUUCUCUCUCCCCUCUCUGAUUCAAUUCUCUCUCUCUCUGUUGUGGUUUCAAGCUCCCCGGAGGUUCCUCCCAUGGCGGUCUAGGCUCUCUUUCCUCUUCCUUUCCUGGUCAGUGGAAGGGAUCCGAUGAGAUUUCCUGCCCGGAACUGGAUACUGCGAGACCAGUCCUAGGAUUAAUCUCGUGAUACUGUUCCUGUCGAGUGAUGGAAGAAAACAGUAGCGCCGCGGGUGGAAAGUUGACGGGAAUCCGGCAGAUCGUCCGGCUGAAGGAGAUCCUCCAGAAGUGGCAGUCUGUCACACUUAACCCAAAAGCAGACGGUUCCUGUUCUACCUCGCAGCUCGAUCACGAGACGACGGUGACCCCAGGGAUCAGCAUUCCACGGAUCCUGAACAAGAGGUUGGAGCAGGUGAGAGCAUGCGACUCAGAUGAGGAGAGCAUCCACAGCCCCACGGAUCCACCACCCGACGUGCCCAAGGGAUACCUGGCAGUUUACGUGGGUGAGGAGCUGCGGAGGUUCGUGAUUCCAACAGGGUACCUAAAGCACUCACUCUUCAAGGUCCUGCUCGAGAAGGUAGAGGAGGAGUUCGGGUUCGAUCACAGUGGGGGGCUCACGAUCCCCUGCGAGAUCGAGACGUUCAAGUACCUCCUCAAGUGCAUGGAAAACCAAAACAAUGCCGAGGAUGGCCCCGACGACGAGAGCUCUGCUGACAAUUCAGAAGCCACAGAAGAGUGAGGUGAGAUGAUCAAUUGGCUUGUAGGUGGAUAUGCCCAACAUUUCAUUAUUAAUAUUUAAUAUUGCUGCAGGGCUGACUUCCUUGUGCAUAUACUAAGGCUUUUAUCCUUUGUAUGCACAAAUUUUCUUUUCUUCCUUUCCUCUUUUUUUUUUGUUGCGAUAAUUUUCUUCUUCACCAUUCCUCUUUGGAAGUGAUGAAAAGAAGAAACCCAAUAGGAAACUUUUGUUUAGUUUUGGAGAUUUUGAGGGUUGUGUUGGCCAAAAUUAAUUUUUGUGCUAGAGGGCUAAAAUUUUAUUUUGACCUCUAUCACGUGUUACUCCUUACUUUGUAUGUGAAUUAUUAUCAAAGUGGAUAUCCGGAAUACAUUUGAACAUAA